UGUGCUUCACCUUUCCACAGCCAGUAAAUAGUGGAGAAAACUUAUCUUGUCAUUUGAGAAGACUGUAAGUACGACAGCACAGAUGGAGGUGGUCAUGAGUGGGGUUUUUUACAGAGAAGGGAGGCCAGUGUCUUGUCUUUUGGCAGAAUAAACAAGUGUCCCUCCCUCCCCGGGCCAGUGUCUGCCUCACGACCCCGCCUCCUGUGCCCCCGGUCACACAUACCACCACAGAGCUCCUAAUAUAGACCCGAGUGCUUCGUCGAAAAGGGUAGAGAACUGAGCAGACUCAGCAACCAGAAACCUUUUUCAUGGACGCACAGCGGAAUUAUAGAGGCCCCUUCACAGAUGUCAGUCUCAGAAAAGAAGAAGGCAAUGCAGAGGAAAGAGGCCGAUGCCACAGUCUACAUGAACUUCAUGAAGAGUCACCGCUGCUAUGACGCCAUUCCAACCAGCUGUAAACUGGUCAUAUUCGACACCAAGCUACAAGUGACGACGGCCUUUUUCGCUCUGGUGGCAAACGGCUUGAGAGCUGCGCCUCUGUGGGACAGCAAGUUGCAAAGAUUUGUGGGUAUGCUGACUAUUACAGAUUUCAUCAACAUCCUGCAUUGCUAUUACAAGUCUCCUUUGGUCCAAAUGUGUGAGCUGGAGAGCCACAAGAUUGAGACAUGGAGAGGUGAUUCAUUUCGAAAUGUGUACAUACAGUGUUCCAAUCACUCCCUCAUUAGUAUUUCUCCAGAGGCCAGCCUCUUCGAUGCCAUCUAUUUCUUACUUAAAUACAAGAUCCACAGGCUGCCCGUCAUCGAUCCGGAGUCGGGAAAUGUCCUGCACAUUCUCACCCACAAAAGAAUCCUCAAGUUCCUCCACAUAUUUGGGAAGAAAGUUCCCAAGCCUGCGUUCAUCCGAAGGCAGAUCCGGGAGCUUGGGAUCGGAACGUUCAGGAACAUUGCCACUGUUCAGCAAACGGCGUCGCUCUAUGAAGCCCUCUCCAUAUUUGUGGACAGGCGGGUGUCUGCACUGCCGGUGGUGGACGAACGCGGGAAAGUGGUGGCACUAUACUCAAGAUUUGAUGUGAUUAAUCUCGCCGCCCAGAAGAGUUACAACAAUCUGGACAUGACCAUGCGGGAGGUCGUUCGCAGGCGCUCAUGUUUCGUCGAGGGAGUAAUCAAGUGCUAUCCCGAGGAAUCCUUGGAAACUAUCAUAGACCGCAUUGUUAAAGCGGAGGUCCAUCGGCUGGUCCUGGUGGACAGGGCUGAUGUGGUGAGGGGCAUCAUCUCUCUGUCUGACCUGCUGCAGGCCAUGGUCUUAACCCCUGCAGGUAUUGACGCCCUUUUGCCCUAGCACCAGGGGACAGGGGGUCCCCCCUUCCUCCUUUACCACCUGUGUAGGCUUGAGUCCUGGUCAUGCACGUGGGCAGAUUCACCAUAUGAUUGAAAGUGAGAGAUCACAAGAGGAAGAAAGAUUUCCCCGCCUGCGCCGUUGUUUACGUUGAGAUGACUUCUGUGGCCUGGGUUAAAGUCGAGCAACAAAGAUGGACACGAAUCUGACCUUGAUAUUGUGACGAAUCCCAGCACCGUAUGGGCUGCGUUUGAUCAAAUUGAUCAAUAUUUGUUUACUCAAUAAGGUACAUUUCUGUAUUAAACGUUCAUAGCAAAAGGUGGUGUGUGUAUGUAUGCGUGCGUGAAGCGUGCGUGCGCGUGUGUGUGUGUUUUCUAUGCGUCAUGUCCUGGAGAAAUACAAUAUGUGAGCUAUGGCUUAAA